CAUAUACCCUAAACCCUAAAUCCCCCUUCCCCUUCUCUUCAAUGGCUGCUCAGUCCUCUCUUCCUCCUCUUCCCGAGACAAUCCACCACCUUUCUUUCAACCAGGACUACACCUGCUUCGCUGCCGGGCUCAAUUAUGGUUUCCGGGUCUUUACUACGGACCCUUUCAGACCCACUUACCGUGAACCUAAUUUCCGUGGCCGUGUCGGGAUUGUAGCAAUGCUUUUUCGUUCUAAUCACUUCUGUUUAGUAGGCAGUGGGACCGAACCAAAAUUGUCACCAAAGAUGGUUAAGAUUUGGGAGACUCGGAGAGACUAUAGCUCUCGAUGUCUCGGCGAGCUAUGGCUACGUUCUGAGGUUAAAAACGUUAAAUUUAGACGGGAUAGGUUAAUUGUUGUUUUUCUCCAAAAAGUUCAAGUGUAUAAUUGUUCGGAUCUUAAAUUAUUGCAUCAAAUUGAGACGGCUUUAAAUACAAAAGGAUUGUGUGAAAUUUCUCAGACUAGCUCACUAAUGGUGCUUGUUUGCCCUGGACUUCAAAAUGGGCAAAUUAGAGUUGAGACCUUUGGAUCGAAAAGAACUAAAUUUAUCACGGCACAUGAAUCCUGCAUUGCUUGUAUGACUUUGACUCAAGAUGGUAGGUUCUUGGCUACUGCUAGUACUAAGGGUACUUUGAUUAGGGUGUUCAAUACCUUGGAUGGAUCGUUACUGCAGGAGGUUAGAAGAGGAGCGGAAAAAGCUGAAAUAUAUAAUCUUGCAUUUUCUUCCAAUGCACAAUGGUUGGCUGUCUCGAGUGAUAAGGGAACUGUCCAUGUUUUUGGUAUUAAGGUUGUUUCAGGAUUGUCGGCGCCGACUUCUGGAAACGACAGAUCACAUGUUGCGUCUGAACCUAAUCGUUCUAAUGGUUCAGCCAUCUCGUCUUUUUCCUUUCUGAAAGGUGUCUUGCCAAAGUAUUUCAGCUCAGAGCGGUCUGUAGCUCAGUUUCGAUUACCUCAAGGAUCAAAGUGUUUGGUUGGCUUUGGCCAUCAGAAGAACACAAUUGUAAUUAUUGGCAUGAAUGGAAGCUUCUACCGCUGUGAGUUUGACCCAUUAUUUGGCGGAGAGAUGAAUCAGCUCGAAUUUCUCAAUUUCUUGAAUCCGGAAGAAAAUCUUAGACGAAAUGCACUAUUUAGCUCUUAAAUUUUUUAAUUUUAUUCUAUUGAGUCAAUAUAUUGUAUUUUUACUUUUAGUUUUAUUGAAGAUUUCUUACACAUAUAUUUAUG